AUGAACACUGAGGAGGAAUUCUUUGAUGCCGUCACAGGCUUUGAUUCUGACCACUCUGGGGAAUUUUCAGAGGCCAGUCAGAAAGUUCCUGGAGGGCUUGGCUCGGACACCAGCAAAAGUCAGAGCGUCGGGAAAACGGAGGCAAGACCGCCCCAGGAGAAUGGGCUUCAAACACACAGGACAUCGCUACCUGCCCCCAUGUUCACCAGAAGUGACUUCAGUGUGUGGAGCAUAUUAAAAAAAUGCAUUGGCUUGGAGCUGUCCAAGAUCACCAUGCCCAUCGUCUUCAACGAGCCUCUGAGCUUCCUGCAGCGGAUUACCGAAUAUAUGGAGCACGUGUACCUCAUCCACAAGGCUUCCCGCCAGGCCCAGCCGCUGGAGCGCAUGCAGUCUGUGGCAGCGUUUGCGGUUUCGGCAGUGGCCUCGCAGUGGGAGAGGACCGGCAAGCCCUUCAAUCCGCUGUUGGGAGAGACCUAUGAGCUCAUCAGGGAAGACCUGGGAUUCAGAUUCAUAUCCGAGCAGGUGAGCCACCACCCUCCCGUCAGCGCGUUUCAUGCUGAAGGGCUCAGUCAGGACUUUGUCUUCCAUGGCUCCAUCUACCCGAAGCUGAAGUUCUGGGGGAAGAGCGUGGAGGCCGAGCCCCGUGGGACCAUCACACUGGAGCUGCUGCAGCAGAACGAAGCCUACACCUGGACCAACCCCACCUGCUGUGUGCACAACGUGAUCAUUGGCAAGCUGUGGAUCGAGCAGUACGGCACGGUGGAGAUCUUUAAUCACAGGACCGGAGACAAGUGUGUGCUCCACUUCAAGUCAUGCGGACUGUUCGGGAAGGAACUCCACAAAGUGGAAGGGCACAUUCAAGACAAGAACAAAAAGAAGCUUUUCAUGAUCUAUGGCAAGUGGACGGAGUGCUUGUGGGGUGUUGACCCUGCUUCCUACGAGUCCUUCAAGAAGCACGAGAGGAGAGGCGAUCACCCCAAAAAGGUAAAGCCGGGAAGGUGCUGCUCUGGGAAGGUGGACAGUGAUGUGGCUGACCAUGUGCCCGAAACUCAGGAGACUGUACAGGUCAUCCCGGGCAGCAGGCUGCUCUGGAGGAUCAACUCACGGCCCCCCAACUCGGCUCAGAUGUACAACUUCACCAGCUUCACUGUGAGUCUCAAUGAGCUCCAGGCAGGCAUGGAGGAGAACCUGCCCCCCACAGACUGCCGUCUGCGCCCCGACAUCCGUGGCAUGGAGAAUGGCCACAUGGACUUAGCGAGCCGAGAGAAAGAGCGCCUAGAGGAGAAGCAGAGGGCAGCCCGCAGGGAGCGGGCCCAAGAGGAGACGGCGUGGCGGACAAGGUGGUUUCAUCAAGGCAGCAACCCGUACACAGGGACCCCCGACUGGCUCUACACAGGGGGCUACUUCGAGCGGAACUUCGCGGACUGCCCAGACAUCUACUGA